GUAAGAUACUUACUUAUAAAUAUUUUAUUCUAAGUGUAAUAUUGCUAUGGAAGUUACAAACGGAACACAAAAUCUUAUGAAUAGUGCAGUGACAAUUCAUGAUGCGCGAAAAACCAUCAUCAACCUACGCUCGAAGCGUUUAUGUCAUCGAUACGGAAAUCCAUGCAAAACAAAACAAAGAGUGGUCACAAAAUCAGGCCAGUUCAAUUUGGAGAAAAGGAAGACAUCGACACUUCAUGUGUUUCCUGACAUCGUCACUACUUUUGUUGAAGCCAGGUGGCGAUGGACCCUGCUCUACUGCCUCAUCACCUACAUAACAGUAUGGCUUUUCUUCUCCGGAAUAUAUUGGUCCAUAUUGUAUCUCCACGGCGACUUGGAUCAAGAAAAUUUCACAAAUGGAACGAAAUGGGAACCCUGUAUUCGACAAAUUUAUGGCUUUACGUCUGUUUUCCUGUUCAGCAUCGAAGUCCACACGACGGUCGGUUAUGGAAACCGUGCGCUCACCAUGGAGUGCCCAGAAGCUAUGUUCACUAUGUGUAUCGAGAGCAUUCUCGGAACUAUCGUCCAGUCUUUCAUCGUUGGUAUUCUAUUCGCCAAAUUGACGAGACCCAAGAAUCGUGCGCAGACCAUUCUAUUUUCGAAAACAGCAAUCAUUAACCAAAGAGAUCGAAGUUUGUGUUUGUUAUUUCGCGUGGGAAACAUUAGGAAAUCCAGGAUCAUAGCAUGCAAUGUCCACGCCUUUUUAAUUAGAUGUGUCACUACAGCAGGUGACGCUUCUGUUAGCGAGCAAGUGGAGCUGAAGUUGAAUGUUGACGCAACUGAAGAUUUCUCCUUUAUGUUCCCAAUUACUGCUUCUCAUAAAAUAGACGAAUCCAGUCCGUUUUAUAAAUUCUCUGCUCGUGACAUUCUAAAAUCUGAAAUAGAAAUCCUUGUAGUUUUCGAAGGGGUCAUAGAGUCAACUGGUCAACCGGUGCAAGCCAAAUCCAGCUACGUCACCAAUGAGGUGCUCUGGGGACACCGAUUCCUUCCAGUGGUUACUUAUCGGAAUAAUAAGGGAUAUGUCAUAGAUUACUCAAACUUUGAUGAAACUGUGCGUGUGAACACACCACUGUGUGGCGCAAACAAAAUUAAUACCUUUUAUACUAGGUUUCGAAAGAUAAAACCUCAGCCUCAUAAUUAAACAAUAAGAUUUUAAAAACUUGCAUUAAUUUUUACCUUGAUGUCCUUGUUUGCGGAUGUAACAUUUUUGCAAUUUUUCUCAAUUCCAUAAGGUCGAGGUACAUUGACUUCAUUAUAGAAAGUUGCAAUUGAAGGUUUGAUAUUAUUAUCUUUACUGUUGUUAACUGUUUUUCACAAUUUCUAAGUUCAAGAGUUAAUUGUAACAACAUUAUUUUGUUAUGUUUAAUUUCGUCUCUAAAAUACUGUAAAUUCAUUCUUAUCUUUAUCUCACAGUUGGAUUAUAAUGAGUCUUUAUUCAAGUAAGUUUAUAAAUACUUAUUUUUCUUACUUAUUAAUAAUAUGUGGUUUCGACUUAUUUAACUUCUUUGUAUUUGUUAGGAAAAAUAAAUGUGUCACGAUGGCACACCUUUCGCUUGGUUU